CCUCCCGGAGUCAGCUAAGAUAUCAACAACAUUGAGGAACCAGCGAGAAGCUAGCUAGCAGACACUGCAUCGGAGACAAGCAAAGACAUUUAAACUACCAGCGUUCAGAUUUACUUUACCCCUUUCUGAUUUCCUUUGCAAACCCGAGUAAUACAGUUGGUUGGGAACAGCCAAGCAUGGGAUGAGAAAUGGUCCACUAUUCCUGGUUGGUUUGUCGGAUCUCUUAGUUUAAGCUAACGUUAGCUAGCGUUAACUAGCUAAGUGACUGUACGAUGCUAGUUAGUGGCUAGCUCGCAAGCUAGGUGUCUUCUGAAGGUGUAUCAGAGAUUAGCUGUAUAAACAUUUCGGAAACUGUUAACAGCUGGUUUGACAAAGUAUGAUGUAUUAUUUACAGUCAACUGUGUAGAAUAACAAUGAAGAACGGCGGCGAGUUCACAUAGGCGUGCCUACCACCUCCUGUCAGAAGACAACCGCUUUUCUUUUUGUAAUCAAGCUGCACUAAAAUAAGCAAUCAAUCAGCAAUAUUCCAAAAUGCAUGACGCUUAUGAGCCUGUACCUAUUCUGGAAAAACUGCCCCUACAGAUCGACUGCCUCGCGGCCUGGGAGGACUGGCUCCUUGUGGGGACAAAACCAGGACACCUCCUACUCUACAGAAUAAAAAAGGAUGCAGGCACAAACAGGUUCGAGGUGACGCUUGAGAAGUCCAAUAAGAACUUCUCCAAGAAGAUCCAGCAGCUUUUUGUGGUGUCACAGUACAAGAUCCUCGUCAGCCUCCUAGAGAACAACAUCCACGUCCAUGACCUCCUGACCUUCCAGCAGAUCACUGUGGUGUCCAAGGCCAGGGGAGCGACUCUGUUUGCCUGUGACCUGCAGCAGUCCAGCUCAGGCGAGGCCAAACUGAGGAUGUGUGUAGCAGUGAAGAAGAAGCUGCAGCUGUACUACUGGAAGGAUAGGGAGUUCUAUGAGCUGCAGGGGGAUUUUGCCGCCCCAGACAUCCCCAAGUCCAUGGCGUGGUGCGAGAGCUCUAUCUGUGUGGGCUUCAAGAGGGACUACUACCUCAUACGGAUGGACGGGCGAGGCUCCAUCAAGGAGCUCUUCCCCACCGGCAAGCAGCUGGAGGCUCUGGUCGCCCCACUGGCUGAUGGGAAGGUGGCGGUGGGCCAGGAUGACCUCACGGUGGUGCUGAACGAGGAUGGGGUCUGCACCCAGAAGUGCGCCCUCAACUGGACAGACAUCCCCAUUGCCAUGGGUAAAGACCGGGGAAAUGAUUACGUCAGUCUAGGUUCCUCCCAUAAUGCAUUGCCAGAGCACCAGCCCCCCUACAUCAUCGCUGUCCUGCCCCGCUACGUGGAGAUCCGGACCUUCGAGCCUCGCUUGCUGGUCCAGAGUGUGGAGCUCCAGAGACCUCGCUUCAUCACCUCCGCUGGGCCCAACAUUGUGUAUGUUGCCAGCAACCACUUUGUGUGGCGACUGGUGCCCGUGUCCAUCGCCAGCCAGAUCAGACAGCUGCUGCAGGACAAGCAGUUUGAGCUGGCGCUACAGCUGGCGAAGAUGAAGGACGACUCGGAUGGAGACAAGCGCCAGCAGAUCCACCACAUCCAGAACCUGUAUGCCUUCAACCUGUUCUGCCAGAGGAGGUUUGAUGACUCCAUGCAGGUGUUUGCCAAGCUUGGCACAGACCCGACCCAUGUGAUUGGGCUGUACCCAGAUCUGCUCCCCUCUGACUACCGGAAGCAGCUGCACUACCCCAACCCUUUACCCACCCUGUCUGGAGCAGAGCUGGAGAAGGCACACCUGGCUCUCAUAGACUACCUCACCCAGAAACGCAGCCACCUGGUGAAGCAGCUGAACGACUCAGACCCCUCCACCCCCUCCCCCCUCAUGGAGGGAACCCCCACCAUCAAGAGCAGGAAGAAGCUGCUGCAGAUCAUAGACACCACCCUGCUGAAGUGCUACCUGCAUACCAACGUGGCGCUGGUGUCGCCGCUGCUGCGCCUGGAGAACAACCACUGCCACAUCGAGGAGAGCGAGUACGUGCUGAAGAAGGCCCACAAGUACAGCGAGCUCAUCAUCCUGUACGAGAAGAAGGGCCUGCACCAGAAAGCCCUCCAGGUGUUACUAGACCAGUCCACCAAGGCCAACUCUCCCCUGAAGGGUCAUGAGAGGACAGUGCAGUACCUCCAGAGACUAGGGAUGGAGAACCUGGGCAUCAUCUUUGAGUUCUCCCCCUGGGUGCUGAAGAUCUGCCCCGAGGACGGCCUGAAGAUGUUCACGGAGGACCUGCCGGAGGUGGAGACGCUCCCCAGGGACCGGGUGCUGGGCUUCCUGAGGGAGGGCUUCCAGGAGCUGGCCAUCCCCUACCUGGAGCACAUCCUGCACGAGUGGCAGGAGAAGGGGCCCCACUUCCACAACGUGCUGGUCCAGCUGUACCUGGAGAGGGUGCAGGGCCUCAUGAAGCAAUACCUCAACUCCCUGCCUGAGGGAGUGCCCCCAGUGGCUGCUGGGAAGGAGGAGGGCGAGCUGGGGGAGUUCCGGAACAAGCUGCUGUGUUUUUUGGAGGUGUCCACCUUCUACGAGCCGGCCAAGCUCAUCAGUGACUUCCCCUUCGAUGGUCUGCUGGAGGAGAGGGCCUUGUUGCUAGGCAGGAUGGGGAAACACGAACAGGCUCUCUUCAUCUACGUCCACAUACUGAAGGACACACAUAUGGCGGAGGAGUACUGUCACGGCCACUAUGACAAGCUGACCGACGGGAACAGAGACGUGUACCUGUCUCUGCUGCGCAUGUACCUGUCCCCCCCUGACGUGCACUGCCUGGGGCCCAUCCAGAUAGAGAAGAGCGAGCCCCAGCCCAACCUCCAGGCCGCCCUGCAGGUGCUGGAGCUGCACCACAGCAAGCUCAACACCACCAAGGCGAUCAACCUGCUGCCAGCCAACACUCAGAUCCGCGAGAUCGGCGUGUUCCUGGAGAGUGUGCUGGAGGACACGGCCCAGAGGAAGCGCUUCAACCAGGUCCUGAAAAGCCUCCUGCAGGCUGAGUUCCUCCGGGUCCAGGAGGAGCGGAUAUACCACCAGCAGGUCAAGUGUGUCAUCACGGAGGAGAAGACCUGCCGCGUCUGCAAGAAGAAGAUAGGCAACAGCGCCUUCGCCCGCUAUCCCAACGGCGUGGUGGUCCACUACUUCUGCUGCAAGGACCGAGCGGUCUGCCCCACCGAGCAGUGAUGCCCCUCCACCUCCCGCACGGCCCCCUGGGAGAUGAUCCCGCCUCCGUCUGCUAACACAUGCGCCCCCCUGUGGACUCCUGCUACAGGCACUCUGCAAGAUGCCAAGAGAAUGUUGGAAAGUGAAGGAGUUCUAGAGAUUUGGAAAGUCAAGGAGUUCUAGAAUGUUGGGAAGUCAAGGAGUGCUAGAAUGUAUGAAAGUAAAGGAAUUCUAGAACUUUGGAACAUACUGUAUGGAGUUCCAGAUCUUUGGUCAUCUGUAGCUCUGAAGCUGUCUAAAGACAGGAGUACUGUAUCUCUCUGGCUGGUUCUCUGGAUGUGUGUGUGUGCGUGCAUGCUUGUGUGUGUGUGUUAAUAUGUGUGCUUGACGGAGCAGUUGGAAUGUCGGGGGUGUAUCUGAUGGAGUGUGAUGUGCCAGGGAGAGACAUUUGACAUUCAAGCAUGUUCCGCUGCUGGUAGAGGAUACAGUCUGCUCUGGAGAGAGAUGUCGGACAGCUCUCUGCACCUGAGGAGAAGCACGUCUCCUGACGUUCUCAGGCCUGUGUGAGAGGGCUGUUCUAGCCUGCUGACUCAGUGCUGUGGUCUCUCUCCCCCUGCUCGCUCUCUCUCACGUCUCCCUCACUUGUGCCAUCCCAGAGACAGCUCUGUGUGCUACCAACUGGAAACAGCAUCUCUUCUUAAAUGCCUUGUGUGACUUUUAAGAUUGCACUUAAAAGCAGUCGUUUGCAUCUCACUUUUUACGUUGACUGUUAGGUGGAAUUUCGACGGAGGGCUUUGAAACCAGACCAGUUUAACAUUUAGACCACCUUUACCAAAAGUGUCUAGGCAUUUUUUUGGUGUGCUUGUUUCCUGAUUACAUGCAAGUCUCAAUAUACACUUACAAAAUGCUUUCUUUUUCUGGUUUAAUAUUUUUUAUUUUAUUUAAUAUUUAGCUUUUUUGUGUGUAUUUUACUUUCGUCAAAGUACACAUAAUUAACUUGCAACAAGGUGGAUAUCUGAAUUACAACACUUUAUAAUGGGCUGUUCUCCUGUAUUUAUUCUUAAGUCAUGCGCUAAACUAAUGGAUAGAACGAGGCUGUCCAGGGUGGUCAGACCUGAAUCCCCUUACUGCCUGCUGCAGACAGGCUGCACACGCUCUGUCUGGACUGAUUUUAUUACAGAUGUUGGUACCACUGUGUAUAUAUGGACUGAGAGAAUAUUGAUGAAAGCGUUCUAAUCAAAGUGGUUUUACUCUAAAGAGCAAAUCCAACAUAUACUGUAUGUAUUCUUUAUUGCUUCAAUAAACAUGCAUUUUCACUCUC